AUGUCAACCCCUCCAAUUCUCAUCAUCGGGGCUGGCAUCAGUGGCCUCAUCCUAGCUCAAUAUCUCCAACGCCGCGAUAUUCCAUUUGAAAUCUUCGAUCGCGAUUCCGCAUUCGAUGCAAGAAGUGGAGGAUGGGGACUCACGCUCCACUGGGCCCUCCCAGCCCUACGACAGUUACUGCCCGAUCAUCUAGUUGCUCGAUUGCCGGAGACGUUUGUCAACAAGGAUGCAGCAGCCCGCGGAGACAUGGGACGCUUUCAAUUCUUCGAUUUAAAAUCCGGUAGAGCCCUUUACGACGUUCCCGCCGAAGAACGGAUUCGCGUUAAUAGAGGGCGAUUGCGGGAGUUGUUGACAUCUGGACUGGAUAUUCAGUGGAACAAAGACUUCGUCAAUAUCGAGUCGCUGGAGUCUGCCAUCACCGCUCGCUUUGAAGAUGGCUCAUCUUGUACCGGAUGCCUCCUCGUUGCUGCUGAUGGUGCACGGUCGCGCGCCCGGCAGAUAUUGUAUCCUCAGGGCUAUGCGAUGAAUCCACUGCCUGUACAGCUUCUAGGGGCAUCUACACUCUACACGAGAGGACAACUGGGCGGUGCAGAGUCGAUCGACCCGUACAUCUUCCAAGGAUCUUACCCGGACACCGAUGUGUUCUUCUUUUUCAGUUUUCUGGACACUCCGAGCAAUUUCCAAGACAGCAGCAGAGAUCAGUAUCUCUGCCAGGUUAUUGUCUCUUGGGCUGACCAAAAGGGCAUCGCUUUGCCUUCUGGAAAUACGGAUCGCAUCGCGCUGAUGAAAAAAUUGACUGAUAACUGGGCCGAACCUUUUCGCUCCUUGGUACAUAACCUACCCGAGGACACUGAGCCUCGAUCAAUCCGCAUUGAGGAUUGGAUCUUUCGCCCCGGUCAGCGCGAUGGGCAUCCUCGAGCCAUACUCAUGGGAGAUGCGGCGCAUACCAUGACUAUGUUCCGCGGCGAAGGUGCGAACAAUGCGAUCGUAGAUGUCUUGGAUCUGGUAAUGAAUCUGAAUCUCAAUACGGAGACUCCGGCUGCAUUUUCACCGGACGAUCUGGUGGCUUUCCUCGCAGCCUACGAGAAUGAGAUCUUCUCACGCGUCGAGCCCAGCUUUCUUGCAUCCCGACAGGCUUGUCUGGAUGCACACGACUUCACAAAGAUUGAGGGUAGUCCGCUAGUGACUGCCAGGGUGCUGAACAGCAGAGACUAG